AUGAAGGGUCCCUCGGCGUCGCCGUCGCCGCCUCCGUCCCCCUCGGCGUCGGAGGUGCUGCGGGCGGGCGAGCUGGAGAAGCGCAGCGCCAGCCUGCUGCAGCUGUGGAAGAAGAAGCGGGCGGUGCUGAGCGCCGACCGGCUGCGCCUGUGCCCGCCCGAGGGGGCGGCGGGCGGCGGCGGCGGCCAGAGGGCCAAGGAGCUGCGCUUCGGCGCCAUCCAGAAGGUGGACUGCGUGGAGCGCACCGGCAAGUACGUCUACUUCACCGUGGUCACCACCGACCGCCGCGAGAUCGACUUCCGCUGCCCGGGCGAGAGCGGCUGGAACGCCUCCCUGGCCCUCGCCCUCAUCGCCUUCCAGAACCGCGCCGCCCUGCAGCGCGUCCAGGGCCGCCCCCAACAGCCCCCCGACCACGACCACCACCACGACGACGGCCCCCGCGAGCGGCGCCUGCCCAGGGGGCCCUGA